UAAUGAAAGCUGGGUUUGUGGUUAUUUAAUAUUGUGGUAAGACGGUUUAAAGCUGGAAAAGACUGAGAACCUUUACGGUAGACAACUCAUACAGACUUUGUUCUUAGAAAUCAAGCCGUUUAGCUGGAAUGCUCACUUAAUUACAUUUCCCUCUAAAGUCAGCUAAAACCACUGCCCAGAUAAAUGACUGUGAUGUUUCCCAGUGCUUCUACUCAUUAAGUGCCACUAGAGGAUCGGUAAUGGAUGUGAUAUUGAUUCAUCUCCAGUAGGAACUGACAUAUUUGAAUUUGGUAGUUCUCAGAGUAUUAAAAAAAUCUCAUGGUGAUCUUAUAGUGCUGGAAAAGUACUCUGAGAAUAUCUUUCAAUUUGAUCAUAAUUGGUCGAUGUGGAAAGCCCUAGCUGUUACGUGAAGUGUUUUGAGAGACAGCGUGCGGCAAGGUUAAACUAGUCUGCACACGCAAGCCUCAUCCAAAAUCCCUACGCAAGCCUUCAGUCUUCCUCCGUUACCCAGAGAAAACCCUACGUGCCCCUAAGAGCACUGUGGCAUUGCAAGCCAACCCGAUGGCGUCCUCUACUGCCGUGCCUGUAGGAUUUCACUAUGAAACAAAAUACGUAGUUCUCAGCUACCUGGGACUUUUAGCACAAGAGAAGCCACAGGAGCAUCCUCCUCCUUCUUCAACUCAAGGGACUGAACAACAGCUUAUGGCACAACAUGCUUUGGAGAAAGAGGCUUUGGAGAAGAUUAAAAUAGAAAUUGAGGAGGAGCUAAAACAUCUUGAUGAAGAAAUCUUGGAAGCAUUUACCACUACAGGGUUUGACUGCCACACUUCUCCAGUGUUCAGUCCUGCCAAUCCAGAGAGCUCAAUAGAAGACUGCCUGGCUCAUCUGGGGGAGAAAGUGUCCCAGGAAUUGAAAGAACAUCUGCACAAAGCACUGCAGAGCUUACUUAGCAAGCCGGUGACAUAUCAAGAAUAUCGGGAACGCACACAAGAGGCAGCUGCUCAUGCCAGCGGAUGGAACAAGGUCUUGGUACCCCUGGUUCUGCUACAGCAAUUUCUGAUGGAGUUAACCAGACGGGGCCAGGAACCACUGAGCGCACUUGUGAACUUCGGGGUGACGUAUCUAGAAGACUAUUCAGCAGACUAUAUCAUUCAACAAGGAGGAUGGGGGACUGUCUUUACUUUGGAAUCCGAAGAGGAAGAGUACCCCGGGCUCAUCGCAGAGGACAGUAACGACAUCUACAUCCUGACCAGCGACAACUCGGGACAGGUGAGCCCCCCGGAAUCCCCCACGGUGACAACGUCUUGGCAGUCAGAGAGCCUGCCCGUCUCCCUUUCAGCAAGUCAGAGCUGGCACACCGAGAGCCUGCCAGUGUCCCUGGGACCUGAGUCCUGGCAGCAAGUGGCCAUGGAUCCUGAAGAAGUCAAAAGCCUGGACAGCAAUGGGGGGGCUGAAGAGAGGAGCGAGAACAAUUCUUCCAACUCAGAUAUUGUUCACGUGGAAAAGGAAGAGAUACCGGAGGGGAUUGAGGAAGCAGUGGUGUCAGCCGUUGCUGCGGAGACCAUGCAGGCAGCGUUUCCAGAAACCUCUGCUUCUUUACAAGAAGUAAAACCUCAAGCUGAAAUUGCUGCUGUUGAAAAAGCACAUCCCUCUGCACUUCUGCGUACAAAACAGGAGGAAAAGGGAAAAGUGGCUGAAGAGCUUGUUGAACCUGAAAUCCCUGUACUAAGUAAACCUGUCCCAAAGGUAGCCCCAUCAGAAGAAAAGGCUGCACCAGAACCCGAGAAAAUACUGCUUCCACGGGAAAAAAAUGUGGGGAAAGAGGGCCAUUUGGAAGAAAUAGAGGAGAAAUCCUCCACUGCAGAGGAGAAGCCUAUCUUAUUGCCAGAAGGGAAAUCUAUAUUGCUGUAUGGUGGGGCUGCUGCGGUAGCUAUCUUGGCUGUAGCAGUCGGAGUAGCGCUGGCGCUUCGAAAAAAGUAACGGAGCUCUCUUGAGGAGGAGGGGAGGGGGGGAGAGAGAAGAGAGCACGAUCCAGUUUUUUUAGUUGUGUUACCUAAAGGUUGAGCUGCCUGUUGUUUCAAUUGGACAUUUGAGUAACUUAAUGGUGAUGGGGUGAGGUCGUUCAGUAAGCCUCCAGCUACGGACAAUCAUGUUUUUAGUAGAAUUGGGGCGGGGACUGGUUUUUCGUGAUUAAAGUACAGGGGUAUUUUUAAAAAAAAAAAAAAAAAAAAAAGAUAAAUUCUACAAAUUUAAGAAGUUAAGUGCAGGUGCUGAAGAAAGGGGUGCUUGUACUCUAGGAACUGGAACAGAGAAUCCCCAGGGGAAGGGGAAAGCGGAAAGCCAGCUGCUGCCAACCCCUGGAGUUUUUGGCUUCUCAGACUGACCGCUCUUGCAGCUGUGCUGUCUUGUCAAUUCCCUCGCGCCCUCGAGCCCUCCCUGACAAACAGUAGCCAACCCAAGUCCUGUAGCGAGAGGUUGGUCUCCCUUUUGUCUCGGCUUCCUCUCAGGUACAGCACUGCUCCUCGUAACCUUGCAGGUUCCUCCUAAGCGCCAGUGGACAGUGCUUAUUCUUACCUCUUUGCUCACACCGGUUUUGGCCCCUAACAUUUACCGGAGCCCCAUCCUCUAAAGAUGAUGCCUCUCGGUAGCUGUAUUGUCUCUGAGCAUCCUGGGGUUCCUGGGGGAAGAGGUGCAGGACGGUGCUUUCCGCUGCCCAGGAGGGUGGGAGGCUGGGACACUGCUAUUUGCUGGUUUGAGAAUCCAUUUGCUCCGCUCCUGCCUGGCCCCCUUUGCUGCUGCCCUUGAGGUACCAGAGGUGCAAAAUUCACACUGGACAUGGUGCUGUUCUCAUGAGGUCUUUGAUACCAGGGUGUAUUCAGCAAAGAUAUUACAAAACUAUGUGAAAGGGAGGCUGGAGUCUCCCUUGCCCUUCCAAGGUUAAACGCUCAGCUGUCCUGUAUCCCAUAGAAUCAUAAGGCUGGAAAAGACCUCUAAGAUCAUCAAGUCCAAUGGUCGAUCUGCUGCAGGCUGUAUCACCUCUUCCAGGUUAAGCACAGAAUGUAUUUAGUUCUAACUUGGUCUUGGCUGUGACAGAAUCCCAGAUACAUAAAGCGAUGGAUUCUGACCAAAACAGCAUUAAACAUCUCCUCUGUCUGCCUGCUCCUGACCUGACCUGGAGUGUUGUUCGUGCGGUUUCUUUUGCGACUCUGUGAUUUGCUAAACUUCCAGGCUCACAAAUGAUGAGGAGGUUCCUUCAGCAAAACGUCAAUCCCUUUUCUACAGUCACACCACUUCAGAUGUGUGUGAAGAGAAACCUUUUAUGUGUUGCCAUACGUGUUAGUUACGUUGGAUCCAACUGAGUGUUCCUCUUUCCAAGUGUGUUCCUGUGUCAGUCCUUGUCCACACGGCAGCUGCCUGGGCAAGACCUCAGGCUUUCCAGGCAAAACCACUGAUGCAUCUCUGAGGGUUCGUGCUGGCGCUGUGGCUGAGACCAGGUGAAGGCAGGUGAAAGGGAACUCAGGAUCAUGUAAACAUCAAAAUGGAAGCUUAUGGGAAGCUUACUCUUCGUGAAGCACAAAGACAAGGUACUUUGCUUUCUAAAUAACCUUAUCUUGAGUACAUCUCCUAAAGAGCCUGUUUCUUAAGUGAAUUAAUUAAGUUCUGAAAAUGAAGAGAUUUUAGCACGUUCUCUGGUUUAGGAUAUUCUUGCUAUUCUAUCCCACCCAUAUCCCAGGAUUUUGGGAAGUUAGGAAGAACCUGGCAGAUUGAGGGAUUUUGUUUUGUUUUGUUUAAGCUUUCUUGAAAGUGGAUUUUCUAGAAAACAUAUCAGGUUUUGAACUGUGUGUGUGAAGUUGAAUAUUGAGAGGAAGGAUUGUCACGUAUGUAUUGUUGCUGUGGACCGAACUCAGGAGCUCUGGACUUCACUGUUGAUCACUGAUUGCUCUUUCUCCAUGUACAAAAGAUAACAGGUUGGCCUUAACAGAAAAAGAAACCCUUUAUUAUGUCGCAAAAUGGAAUUGACUCUUUUUGCCAUUUCCUGAUGUCCUGCUGGUACUGAUCGCUCUGCCAUGUGCCCAGAACUGGUCACUGGGACCUCCUCAUGCCAUGGACCCUCCGGUGUCUGCCUUCCCACCGUGGCAGUUCCUUCUUCUGGCUUGUCACGCGAGCUUUCCUUGCCUGGAGAGGUGUCUUUACACUCCUGUCGUCAUGGAUGUGCACGGACGUUUACAGUUUUUUGCUUCAUUUCAUGUGUUCCAUUGGUGUUUAUCAAGUGACACAACCUGUGAGGGUACCUCGUUGUUCCUAUGAGGCAAGGGCUGCUGAACUGCUUGGUAAGCCGGAGUAGGUCUGCCCUCCUGCUGUUUUGCCGACUGCUCCAGUUUCCUCUCCAGGUAUGGUCUUUGUGGGAGAAGGACUGCUUUUAACCCAACCUAUGUCCUCUUCUUCCAGAAGAUGAUGCACCUACAUUUGGGACAUCUCCUGUUGGUAGCCACACAGCAGGUUACGCAGAAGUACCUGCCU